AUGGACGAGAUAGAGUUGCACAAACAAUUGAUGUCUCAAAUCUACUCCCAAUGGGCGCGGGAGCCGGAACGUGUUAGACAUCUCCGGUCUUACGUCCACCGUGAUCGUGAGGAUAUUCAUUUAUGUCUUAUGCAAGACUACUUCAACGACAAUCCGACGUACGGGCCUACAGUUUUCCGACAUCGUUUUCGAAUGCAGAAGGAGCUGAAGCUGUUCAAGAAAUGCACGGCGGCUAUCCGCCUAUUAGCCACCGGCGUCAAUGCGGAUACUUUCGACGAGUAUCUCAAGGUUGCCGACACGACGAGGCGUCUAUGCCUCAAGAGAUUCUGCAAGGCUGUCAUCCAGGCUUACAGAGACAAUUCGAACAACGACAUUAACGUUCUGAACCAAUCGCUUCUCUUCUCCGACGUGUUGGAUGGAACGGCGGCGCCAGUGAUCUUUGAGGCCAACCGGCGCUACUACCAGAUGGGCUACUACUUGUGCGACGACAUAUAUACGGAGUGGCGUUGCUUCGUCAAGAGCCCACCGAUGGCGAUCAAUCCGAAGGAGGCGAGGUUCAAGAAGAUGCAAGAAUUGGCACGAAAAGAUGUCGAACGUGCAUUUGGAGUCCUUCAAGCUCGGUGGGGAAUCAUUCGAAGUCCGUCGCGUAAUUGGUGGAAACAUGGAGAAGAUGGAGGAUUUAGAGGCUGGAUUUACCUUGAAGUCUUGGCAGAAUAUUCAAACAAGUCCCCUUUGCUCUUUGCAUUCGCUGCUGCAAGAUGGAGGAGAAGUGUGAAGUGUUGGGAGCAGAAAUGUGAGACUAAAGUAGGGGUUGUGUGA